AUGUUCGGAUCUGACAAGACAGUCGUGCAACUUCGCGAACUGCGCCCGGACGCCUGCAGAGAGUUAGCUGGAGUCCUCUGCCGUCGUCCUGACUAUGGCAUUGCGCGCCCGUCAGCCCGCUGGCUUAGUCGCCAGGAAGAGAAGAUUGAAGCUCUACCAAAGGUACUGCUUAACCCGGGCAAGCUUAAGCGCAAGUGGUUCGAGUCAAUCAGCAAGCUCGAAAACAGGCUCGGAGAGUACUUACCCGAAUCGAUCCCGAACACAGGAAGAGUAGUACCACCCAGUGCAGUUCUCUGCCCCUCCCACGAACGUUUGAACUGUUAUCUCAUUCGCAAUAUCUUCUUCGCUGUAACCAAGGAGGUGAGCGGUGACUACAUGGAUGCUCUUCGAGAGUGUCCGGGGAAGAAUCCGGCGGUUUCUGCCUUCUUGACCAGGAUCGACUCUCUCCACGCAUUUUGGGUCGACCGAGAAGUUUUCCAAAAGAUGUUUGGAGCAUCUCCCCAUGACGACCGCUUCGUCAGGAUCGAGAGUAACUGCGAGGCUUGUAUUCUCGCCGCCAUUGGUGCCAAUGGUCAAAUCUUGGCAGAUCUUUAUGGCUGGCUCAAAGUGCGCAGAAAACAUGUCAGGGAUUUCAACCGGGCCGCCAAGUCGAACGGGACCAAAAGAGAAGAGCCAGUCUACUUGCACCGCUUGGUGAGACUAUGGAUUGAACACUUGAAGAAGGCAGAUAGAGACGAAGUUCGUCGUCGUGGCGGGGAUAUUUCCGCAGAGCUGAUCCGGAUCUGGCCGUCAGUCAAAAGGGACUAUAAGAAAAAAAAGAAGGCGGCGGGAAAAGCCAACGGGGACACCUAUCAGGAGAUACGAACCAACAAGGACGGCAGCAAGAAAAUAGUCCAGGUGCGCGGACAGGAUCACGGCUUCAAUAUUCGUCUGCCACGGACGAAUGUCGAGUCUGCUGCUCUGCAACGCAACAUGGCCGGGCUGCACCACGUUUCUGACGCUCGUAGCGUGUACCGUGACGGAACUGUCAUUGAUGACGAAGGUAUGUAUACCGAUUCAGUCAUUGCUGACUUUCAACGGCUCGGGAUAGACUUACAGGACCGUGCAGGACAGGCAAAUGCGCGACCGGGCGCGCCCGCAUCACAGCGCGACGGCUUUGCCAAUCGCUUCGCUGGCGAGGUCCCUCCACCGUUGCCGAAUGACUAUCUUGCGCGUAUGGAAGAUGAUGACGAUGACGAUGACAAAGAGGACGAGACGUACCAGCAUGAGUACGACGAGAGGGACUAUGCCGAGGAAGCGGCCAGUGUCUUGAAGGUCCAGAAUUGGUACCAACAGCAAGCAUUCAAUGCGACAAAGACCAAUCUGAGUAGCCUGGACGCGGGAAGCAUCCAUCCGGCAUUUGCAACCAAUCGCUCAGCUCUGCCAGAAGCACUUGACAUCAGAAAGGACCAGCGAGUCGAGUCGUAUCAGCCGGCGCGUAAAGGCUGGCAGAAGCCAGAGAGGGACAUUGAUGAGCCCGUGCUACACUCCCCUGGAGCCGACGCUCGGUCCGAGUGGGAAGAUGCCUCUGUGUAUACGACUGCAGAUGCCUUUGAGUCGGUCAAUCUGGCCGGAGCACCACCGAUGCCGCAGAUUCCAUCUCAGUACCGAUAUGACCAGAGGAGCAGACGAGAUCUGCCGCCAAUCGAUACCAACUCUUCGGUGCCCGGAUUAUCCUCCAUCCCUGAUCUCUACCCUGAUCGCGGGAGCAGCCAAGCUUUCUCGCCUCAAUCGUCUCGUGGUCCGAGGGAAGACCCUUUCGAGUAUGAUGGGCGAAAGCGGCCCUCAGGCCCCGAUCCCGAACCCUUUAGUCGCCCGCCUCCGCGUCCGCCGCAGACCAAGGCCGAUCGACGCAAGUACUUAUUCCACGACGACGAUUCAGUGGCUGCUUCGCACCUGACCAUUACGAACAAAAAGUACCUGCGCCAGAACAAGGGCAGAAUUAAGGAGGUUCCUGUAGAGGCGAACCCCUUUGUCCGCAAGGAGAGCAAGCGCGUCAAGAGGGACGAUGGUGGAGACGUUGAAAUGACGAGCCCCAUGAGUCCACAUUCUAGAGGAGGAAGUAGCCGCGGUGGUGGCUAUGAUGAUGGGCGCCCGCGAUACGAAGGCUAUGCCGCACUGAAUCGUGAAGCAGAGGAGCGGGCCAGAAGGGCCGCCAGCAAUCGAUAUGACGACGAACCUGUGCGCCCGAGAUCGGGCGGUAGUAGGAGCAACACGACUUACAGUACGGGACCGCGAUAUGAAGGAUACGCGGCGCUGAACCGUGAAGCCGAGGAGCGCAGUGCCCGAGACACACGAAGUCGGGACCAUGUGUAUCCCUACAGUCCCGACACUGACACGCCACCCACGUCCCGGCUCGGCUCGCCGAGGACGGAUCAGGGGAGAGGCGGCUGGGGCGACGACGCAUCUGAGAUUCGACCCAUUGACUCGGCGAGCAAUAUGGCGUGGAGGAAAGACUCGCAUGCGACAACGACGCUGGGUGACUUUAUCGACAGCCACCGCAGUCACGAAAGGAGACGGUAA